AUGAAGAUUUACAAGGACAUCCUCACCGGUGACGAGCUCAUCUCCGACUCGUACGACCUCAAGGAGGUCGGCGGUGUCGUCUUCGAGGCCGACUGCGCCAUGAUCGAGCUCGGCGCCGUCAGCGUCAACACUGGUGCCAACGCUUCCGCUGAGGAGGCUGAGGAGGCUCUCGAUGACGACGUUGUGAAGGUCAACAACAUUGUCAACUCUUUCCGCCUCCAGUCCACCUCUUUCGACAAGAAGGGCUACCUGUCCUACCUCAAGGGCUACAUGAAGGCCGUCAAGGCCCACCUCCAGGAGACUGGUGCCUCUGCUGAGGAGAUCACCAAGUUCGAGAAGGGCGCCCAGACCUACCACGGCCUCAAGGAGGAGAAGGUGUAA